AUGAAUGCGUCUCUUACUUCCCUUGAGGUUGUUUUUCAUAAAGUAUUGAAUAAUCUUACUUGCAGAUUCGAACUCAAAAACUUCGAAAAGAGAAACAUCAGUAUGUAAUUGAGAUCCAGAACGGUCCUAUUCUUCCCCAUCUUCCUCGCAUGGUCUUUGAAUACCUUCGGAACUCUGGUCAAUUCAAAGAUGAAAAUAUAAUCCACUUCCAUGUGAAUGGGCGGUCCAUUUAUGAUGGCCUGAAUGAGGGAUUCUCGGAUGGAAUGAAGAACAUAAACAAUUUCUCAUACAACCCUAAAGAUUCCCAUUUUGAAUACUAA